AUGGCUGCCACCACCAUCACAACAACUAUGCACCCAGUCCCAGUUGACGCUUUCCCUACAUUGACCUCCACAACGCAGGCGGAAACAGAGAAAGUGUUACGCGAACAUAUGCCAACGGCCGACAAACCGCCAACGCUCCAGAAAAACCCCCAUUUGCAGUUCCUUAUCCGCAACUUCACCCAAGGGAUGCCUUCUCGAUACAUGAGCUAUGACGCCAGCCAGCCAUGGCUGUUAUUCUGGACGUUGCAGGCCUUCAGUGUCCUUCAAAUCGGAAUGGACCCAGAUACCAAGCAGCGCGCAAUAGACAUGUUGUUGGAGUGUCAGCACCCCGAUGGUGGUUUUGGGGGUGGGCCAAAGCAAGCCCCGCAUCUGUUACCGACCUACGCUGCGGUCUGUGCCCUUGCGAUUGUUGGCCGUCCUGGCCAAAACGGGGGGUGGGAUAGCAUCGACCGGAAGAAGAUGUACAACUUCUUCAUGUCGCUGAAGCAACCUGAUGGAUCAUUCCUUGUUUCGCAACACUCUGAAGUAGAUACUCGCGGCAUUUACUGUCUUUUGGUCGUUGCGACCUUGCUGGACAUCAUUACCCCCGAACUUGUGGAGGGUACCGCACACUUCAUCGCAUCGUGCCAAACAUACGAGGGUGGCUUCUCAUCUACAUCUCAACCUUACUAUUCAGCCGAUCCGUCCCCUGCGAAUCUGUUGCCCUUCCCUAGACCCGCACUCGGCGAAGCCCAUGGCGGCUAUACGUUUUGCGGGCUUGCAUCAUGGGUUAUGCUCCAACCAUUCCUGCCAUCUACCUCCACCACAAAGCCCAGCAUCGACAAAAAUAAACUCGUGCGAUGGCUGGUGCAAAUGCAGGGAGUUCAAGCUGAAAUGGGUGGCUUCAAAGGCCGCACGAACAAGCUUGUGGAUGGGUGUUAUUCCUGGUGGGUCGGCGGUGCAUUUGGGCUGCUUGACAGUAUUGGGAUCAAUCCUACUUCUGUCGCGACGCCUGAGGCGGAUGGUGCUGAUUGGGUCGAUGUUGACGAUUCUUUGUUCAAUCGGAAGGCACUGCAAGAGUACAUCUUGUGUGCGGGCCAACAUCCUGCUGGUGGGUUGCGGGACAAACCACCAAAGCACGCAGACGCGUAUCAUACGUUGUAUUGUCUUUCAGGACUCUCGGCGGCGCAGCACAAAUUGAGCCCGUCAUCGUCAAGGCGAAAGCAGUUGGCUGAUGCCUGGGUUCAAGUUGGUGACAACAUGGAGCUACGGCAACGUAUUUUCCUGGACUCACUUUGCUACUCCGAAGAAGAGGGGACUGAUACGGUUGUCGGCGGGGCAGCCAAUCGUGUCAACGCCACUCACCCGAUAUUCAAUUUGACGGUAACACACACGGAGGCGAUUAUGGGCCAUUUCUAUGGGCAGACGAUACCACAGAAAACGACUCGACUGUCGUGA